GAGGUGGCGGGGGGUUCACUCGGAAGAUGGCGCCCGUUGUUACGGGGAAGUUUGGUGAGCGACCUCAGCCUCAGCGUUUGACAAGAGAGGCUAUGAGGAAUUACUUGAAGGAGAAAGAUGAUCAGACUGUGCUCAUACUGCACGCAAAAGUUGCACAAAAGUCGUACGGCAAUGAGAAAAGAUUUUUCUGUCCUCCGCCUUGUGUGUACCUGAUGGGCACUGGGUGGCAGAAGAAGUUAGAGAGUAUGGAGAAGGAGGGCUGCACAGAGCAGGAGGCUCAGCCAUGUGCUUUCAUUGGGAUUGGCAACAGUGAGCAAGAAAUGCAACAACUGAAUCUGGAAGGGAAGCACUUCUGCACGGCGAAGACCCUGUACAUCAGCGACUCGGAUAAAAGGAAGCACUUCAUGCUGUCUGUGAAGAUGUUGUACGGGAACAGCUCCAACAUCGGAGUCUUCCUCAGCAAGAGGAUCAAGGUCAUCUCCAAACCCUCCAAGAAGAAACAGUCCCUGAAAAACGCAGAUUUGUGUAUAGCUUCUGGAACGAAGGUGGCCUUGUUUAACCGGCUGCGGUCCCAGACGGUCAGCACCAGGUAUCUUCAUGUGGAAGGGGGCAAUUUUCACGCCAGCUCACAGCAGUGGGGCGCCUUCUUCAUCCACCUCUUGGAUGACGAUGAGUCUGAAGGGGAGGAAUUCGCUGUGAGAGACGGCUACAUUCAUUAUGGCCAGACUGUGAAAUUAGUGUGUUCCGUUACGGGCAUGGCCCUGCCCCGGCUGGUGAUUCGCAAAGUUGACAAGCAGACAGCGUUGCUGGAUGCGGACGAUCCCGUGUCCCAGCUUCACAAGUGCGCCUUCUACCUGAAAGACACCGAAAAAAUGUAUCUGUGUCUCUCACAGGAGAGGAUCAUCCAGUACCAGGCCACUCCGUGUUCCAAAGAGACCAACAAGGACAUCAUUAACGACGGCGCUUCCUGGACCAUCAUCAGCACGGACAAAGCGGAGUACACGUUUUAUGAGGGCAUGGGCCCCGUCCCCUCACCGGUCACUCCUGUGCCAGUGGUGGAAAGUUUGCAGCUAAAUGGCGGCGGAGAUGUGGCCAUGUUGGAGCUGACGGGACAGAACUUCACCCCAAACCUCAGGGUGUGGUUUGGAGACGUGGAGGCCGACACCAUGUACAGAUGUGGGGAGAGCGUCCUGUGCGUGGUGCCGGACAUCUCGGCCUUCAGGGAGGGCUGGCGCUGGGUGAGGCAGCCCGUCCAGGUGCCCGUCACGCUGGUCCGCAACGACGGAAUCAUUUACUCCACCGCCUUAACCUUCACCUACACCCCCGAGCCCGGGCCCAGGCCCCACUGCAACGCCGCCGGCGCCAUUCUGCGAUCCCACAGCACUUCUUCAUCGUGACCGGCGGCAUCCUGGCGGACAGCCACGGAGUACAGAGACCGCUGUGACUGUCGGACACUGCCACGGAAAACAUGUUACUGAGAAGAGGCUCAUAAUCGUGUCCAGAAUUGCACAGAAGCUCUGCGUUGGACUGAACUUGUGAAAAUCAUGAGGACAGCUUGAGAGUUUUAAGUGGACAAGUCAAAAGUACCUGUGACUUUGUACUUUAGCGCCCUCUUGUGGAUUCUUCAGAACAUGCCAAAAGACCCACGGAGGACCUUCACAUCCCAGAUUUUCACCUCAAGGAUGGUGACCGUGCGAUCUAACUUUCUCAACAGCAUAUUUUGUAAGAUAACUAUGUUUUUAUACAACGUCUGGGUUUGGAAGAUACUUUUACUUUGCUUUCUUAUGAGCAAGGUCACAUUUUUUACUGAAAAAAACAAAAAAAAACAAAAACUUGUUGAAUUAAUGAUUAUAAGCAAGGGAAAAAUUUCUAAGAGUAACAUAGUUUUAAUGGACCAAGGAAUAUUAUUAUAUUAUUUUAUUCAUAUUAUAUUUUAUAAGCUUUUCCUGAGGUACAUUUUUUGUGUGAAACUGCAUAGUAGGUUUGUUUUUAUUACCAAAUAGUUGGACAUGUGGUUUGACUCCCGUUGCUGUGUGGUGUCAGCGGAGAGGUCACGGUGGUCUUUUAAUGCAUACUUAACACUUUUACCAAUUGAAAAUAAUUGUGGGCAGUUUGAAGAAAACAAAUCAAUCUUGGAGAAUCAAUCAGUCUUUGUUUUUAAGGAGGCACUUUAAAACAACGUAGACACGUCUGCCUGAGACCGGCCUGCUUCAGGCCGCCUUUACGCCCCUGACCUUAUUUUAUUGUUACUCUUUAAAUCAAAGAUGGGCUUUUUAAAGAAUGUAUGCUUGUUUUAAGUGUAUUGUUCUGUUUUUUCUGUCGUCUAAUCAACAUGCUGUUUGUAUGCCCUGCACUUAAAUCGAAACUUAAUUAGUCUCUGUUGUUCCCAGCAAUGUUCCCUUUAUAGUGAAGCCUUAAAUCAACUCGGCUGUCUGGACGCUUGGAUAUAACUAAAGAAAUGUUAAAGCUGUCCAGGCAGCGUUAAGGACAUGAUUUUGUUGAUGUUGAUCCAUUUGUGACACUUUUAAUCAUACGGUGUUUUCGUACCCUUUUCUCGGUACACCUUUUUUUUUUUUGUCCACCUCUCUGUAAGUGAAUUUGGGUUCGAUGCCUUGCCUCACAGAGGCAGGCAGACUGGGAAUCAAACUACCCAUCUUGGGAUUGAAUGAUAACCACUUCUACCGUUUGAGCCGCAGUAAGUAAUUCUGUUUUUUUGCUUCUUGAUCUCACAUUUUCAACAGUGUAAAUUCAUGGUUUUUAAGCUGUUUUAAGCUCUUAACUCUACAUGUGGCGCCACUGAAGCCUUUUUCUUCUGCUGUGGUGGAGUUGGGAAAGACUUUUGGUCUUUCCCACCCAAUAAAACCUGACAAAUAUCAAUGGUGGAACUUGUGCUAAAGCUCAAGAUGAAUUUUUGGCGUGGUGCUGUGAAUCCUUAACAAGUCUUCCUAAACUAGUCAUGGCAGUGUUCAUCCAUCCAUCUUUCAUGCCGCUCCAGGCAGCACACGCCUCGGACAGGUGGCCCGGUUAGUUAACACGGCUCCUGAAACCACACAAAGCAGCUCAGCAUGAAUAAUGGAACCUGACAUAAUCAUUAGCGAGUCUUCUCACCGAGCAGCAUCUCAUCAGGAUUUUCCAGUCAUGCCUUCGCUGCAGGUUUGCACACUGCAGGCAUCAGAGCUCUAAUUUUCUUCAUUUGUAUUUUAAUGGCGAGGUCGUGUCGAGAGGCGCAUACUUGUUUGUGUGUUUCAGUAUUAAUGUUUGGUUUUAUGUCGCGUUCUGACAUUUUCAAUCACGAGAGCUGCUUUUUUGCUCUUAGUUUUAUGGAAUAAAUAUUUAACAUGGAGU